AUGCAGAAGAAGCUUGGAUUCCCAAUCUCCAAGAGCCUCGACCAAUUCAAAUCGUUGUACGGUUCUAUACCCGGAACUGCGAAGCCAUUAUCUUCGCGUCCUUCCAAAGAUUCCAUUUCAUCGGGGAGUUUUGCUAAUCUGAAGCUCACCGCAGAGAAAUUGGUGAAAGAGCAAGCAUCGGUGAAGACUGACCUUGAAAAUGCGAAUGCUAAGCUUAAGAAAUCGCAGGAGCAUAUCCAUGCUUUAGAAGAAAAAUUGCAGAAUGCCUUUAAUGAGAAUGCCAAGCUCAAGGUCAAGCAGAACGAAGAUGAAAAACUCUGGAAAGGAUUGGAGUCUAAGUUCUCGUCUACUAAGACUUUGUGUGAUCAACUUACUGAGACUUUACAGCAUUUGGCUGGUCUGGUUCAGGAUGCCGAGAAAGAUAAGGAAACAUUGGAAAAUAAAUUGUCGUCAAGUUCAGAAGCUCUUGAUAGCUUGAAUAAGCAGAUGGAUGGUUUGUCUUUGAAGCUAGAUUCUUCUCUGGAAACAAUUAGAUCCCGUGAUAAUGAGCUAGAGAAACUCAAAUUUGCUACAGAAGAAAGGGAGAAGUUUCACAGAGAUGAACAGUGCAGAGCUGCCACUAUUGUACAAGAAAAGGAUACAAUGAUAACAAAUUUAGAAGAAAUGUUAACAGCUAGUAAACUGGCUACAGAGAAUUUGAACUCAAAGUUGGGAGAGGUACACCAUCAGUUAAAAGUCAAAGAAGAUGAAAAUAUGAAUCACAUAACCAGUCAAGAGAAAUUGGAGAAAGAAAAGAAUGAUCUUCAGUUGAAUAAUGCUGGGCUUACUGAAAAACUCAACAUGUCACUUCAGGAAAUAAAAAACCUGGAAGGAUCAAUUCAGGCAUUGGCCGCACAUUUGUUAAAUUUAGACAAAGAAAGCCUGAACCUUUUGAGCAAGUUUGAUGAAAUGAACUUGGUCUAUGGUUCUUGCUUCAAAUUGCUUCAGCAAGAGAGGGAAACAUACUUGAAGCAUGCUCAAUACAAGUAUAAUGAUCUUAAUAAUAAUUUUUUGAUCUUGGCAUCAGAAAAAAAUGUAAUUGAAAUGAAAAAUUGUGAGUUAAGCAAAACUGUGAAUGAACUUCAGAAAGUCCAAGAGUCUACUAUAGCUCAACAUGUGAUGCAAUCUCAAUUAGCUGCUGAGAGAAUUCAAAGUUUGGAGUCAGAAGCUGAAACUUUAAUCUCAAAAAAUGCAGAAGCAGAGGUCUUCAUUUGCAAAUUAGAGGAGAAAGUUGAAAAUCUGUUAGAAAGUUCUAGAUCAUCAGACAACAAAAUGCAAAGUUUAUUGCUGAAGGUUUCAGCAUUAGAGACUGAAAACAAAGAAAAUGAAGAAAGACUGCAGGCAGAUUUAUUGAAGAAAUCAGAGGAAAUAGAUACUUUGCAAAAGGAGAGAAUGAAACUAGAGCAGCAUGCAGAUUCUCUUGAUAAAGAAGUCAUCCAGCUUCAUAAUGUCUUAGAUGAAAAAGAACAGUGUAUUUUACAGUAUAAGGAACAGGAAAAGAAGCUUGAAGAUCAGAUCACAGAGAAUCAAUCAUUAUUGACUGCCGCUGAAAGUAAACUUUCAGAAGCUAAAAAGCAAUAUGAUCAAAUGGUAGAGAAUAAGCAGUUAGAAUUAUCAAGGCAUUUGAAAGAAAUAUCUCAGAGAAAUGAUCAGGCUAUUAAUGACAUUAAGAGGAAGUAUGAAUUGGAGAAGAUGGAAAUUGUCAACAUGGAAAAAGACAAGGCUCAUAAAGCUAUUGAAGAAAUUGAGGGAAAGUGUGGCCAAAAACUUGCAGAAUGCAAAGAAGAAUCAAGGCAGCAGUUGAUCCACAUUCAGGAGGAACACACUUUGUUGGUAACUCAAAUGCAGCAGGAGCAGGAGAAGAGGCAACUAAGCCUGAUAGCUGAACAAAACGAACAACUAAAGCGUAGCCAACUGGAAGCUGAAAAUGAACUCAGAGAGAAAACAAUGUUUCUGAGGAAUGACCAUGAAGCUCAGAUAAAAGCAUUGAGGUGUGAACUUGAAGAUGAGUGUCGGAAGCUAGAAGAGGAGUUGCAUCUUCAGAAAUCCAAAGAAGAGAGGCAAAGGGCUUUGUUGCAGUUGCAGUGGAAAGUGAUGAGUGACAAGCCAAAAGAGGACCAAGAAGUGAAUUCAAAACAGGAUUACUCCAUUUCAUCAAUUAAAAGAAGGAGUUCUUGUGGUGGCAAAAGAAGGCAGCGUGAACUGGACUCUCCUUACUUUGAAGCAACACAGACACCAGUGCCAAAGUUGUUGAAGAAAAUGGAGAAUGUGAAAACAGGAAGUGCAACGAGCAUUCCUAACCAUCAUAGAAAGGUAACUCGUCACGAAUACGAAGUUGAGACUUCUAAUGGAAGAACUAUUACAAAGAAAAGGAAAACAAGAAGUACUGUCAUGUUUGAGGACCCCAGAAAUCAAAAGAUUAAUACCCCAAAAGUAAAUACCCCUGGAAGUAUUGUUAAGAGCAUCAAAGGUGGAGGACAUCCUCAUCCUUCAAACAUCGGUGAUUUAUUUUCAGAAGGGUCUCUCAAUCCAUAUGCAGAUGAUCCUUAUGCAUUUGAUUAGAGGAUCGACCAAUAUGUGAAUAGGUCGGAAAAUGGAAUGAAGAUUGAAAUCAUCAAGCUGGAGUAAAUUCUAUUUCUUCUGGUCAGACUCUACUGCAGCCGACGACAGAAAAGAGCAAGUGGUGGAUCUAUUCA